AUGUUUGACAACAUUCAGCGGCUACAUUACGUGGCCUUCGAUGUCCUCUGUGUGCUGCUGGCUGGGUUGCCGUAUGUGAUUCUUAACUUACACUCUCACCCUUUCCACCGGGGAUUCUUCUGCGAUGAUGAAUCCAUCAAGUACCCUUACAAAAAAGACACCAUCCCUUUCGAGUUAUUAGGUGGAAUAACCAUUCCCUUCUGUGUUAUCAUUAUGGUUGUCGUGGAAACCCUAAGUGUUUACUUUAAACACUUGCACUCAAACUCCUUCAUCAAGAAUAGCUACAUAGCCACUAUUUACAAAGCCACGGGGACAUUUUUAUUUGGUGCAGCUGCUAACCAGUCCUUGACGAUCGUCGUGCAGCACUUGACAGGCAGGCUGAAGCCUCACUUCUUGUAUGUGUGUGACCCAGACUGGUCGAGCAUCAGAUGCAGUGAGGGCUACAUCGAAGACUACUGCUGUCGAGGGAAUCCAAAUAAAGUUAAAGAGAGCAGACUGUCCUUCUAUUCAGGCCACGCGUCCUUUGCCAUGUACUCUAUGCUGUUCCUGGCACUUUAUCUCCAAGCCAGGAUGAAGGGAGAUUGGACAAGACUCCUCCGCCCCACUGUGCAAUAUGCUCUCUUUGUUGCCGCCAUUUGUGUGGGCCUUUCUCAAAUUUCUGAUUACAAGCACCACUGGAAUGAUGUGUUGAUCGGACUCAUUCAAGGUGCUCUGCUUUCCAUAUUUGUGGUUGUGUUUGUAUCAGGUUUCUUCAAGCAGCAAAGUUCUCCUUAUAAAGACAAGGAACUGGAGGACUCUCAGACAACUUCUCCAGAGACACCAAGAACAGAGAGUCACUACCUGAACAGUCAGUAG